AUGUGGCAUAAAUAUCCCAACUCGAGGUGCACGCACGUCGUCAGCAUCGACACCAUCGACCGAACCGUCGACCCAGUGACGGGCAUCAUUCGGACAGAGCGGGUGAUGGGCUGCAAGCAAAAAGCGCCUCUAUGGAUCGUAAAAGUGCGUCCUUACUCUCCCCCUGCCUGUGUUUUUGCCGUGUCUAACGCGGCCGCGCGGCUUAUGCAGCUCUUCGGCGGCUCGGAAGACGCUUUUGUCCGAGAGAUCUCCUUCGUCGACCCAGCGACCCAAAACGUGACCAUCACAUCGGUUAACCUAUCCCUGUCCCAGUUCGCCACCUGCAAUGAGCUCAUUCGAUACUCGCCUGCCUCGCCAACGCACACACUCUUCUCACAGACGGCCGAGAUCCAAGCUCGCAUGGCGCUCUGGAGAUCAGCGGCCGACGGACUUGAGAAGUGGCUGGUACAGCGCUUCGAGCAAAACGCGCACCUUGGCAAGCUGGGCUUUACGGACGUGCUAAGAAAUCUAUGGGAGGAGCGACAUAGAGCACCAUCGCCGUCAUAA